AGUCUAAAAAAAGCGCUCGAAUAAUCGGUGCACAAUUGCAGCGUCGAUUACAAAGUUGAAGAUUUGAAGAUUUUUGUUUAUUGCCGCUGUUUUUCAAAUUCUAUAUACAGUAGCCGAGCGAGAUAAAACGCGUUUUUAUUAGCACGUAUGUGUGCAACCGCUCGUAACUGGAUAUACCCGAUGAUGAGAGUUAUAAAUGUGAUAACAAUACCGUCGAUACGACGCGUACGUAAAUUUUUCGAAAGAGCCGUCGCGCUCACGGCGCGGUACAAAACCCACAACACCUGGAGACCAAUCGAAACAGCUCGCAUUGACUUUUUGCCCCGGCUGCGCUGUGAAUUGUAACUUUCGUUUAGAAUCAAAAUUGGAGGCCAGCCGCGAGAGACCUUCGCAUGAAUUUACAAUGCGGGCAGGCUUUUUUGCUAUACGUGUAUAUCCAUCAUGGUCAAUUAGUCAAUGUGGCGUUCUCUCUCGGUGAACUUUUCAAUAUCGCAGCGCCGCGCGUGCCCCCGAAAUCUGUUCCACAUUAGUAAGCAAUUCGUACGUAAACCUCGUAAUGAACUUUUUCUCUCUCAACUGCCGAGAGCAUACGUGACUCGAUUUUAUUUUUUUCCUCGUAUCCGCAACCUUUCUACUGCACUUUAAGAGCGAACUGAUAUAUCGCGCAAAGAAGAAAGCAUUGAACGCGAAGAGUCAUCGUAUACUCUUUUUUUUUACGCAGAACAAUAAAAAACAACGCACCGACGGUUUAUUAUCUACGAGGUAAUGCUUGGAUAACGCUCGAAACACCUUACAAAUCUUUUACGGCGCCUUACAGAAUAUUCAGUCGUUAUUCUUAAAGCGUAAUUAUUACAGUCAUUGCUAUUGUAAGCCAUAUUGCAUUGUCGUAUUUUUUGUAACGGUAUGAUAUAUAACCAAGUUUCAUUGUACACAAACUGUUUUCUCGGCAAUAAAAUUACGAUUCUCUAUCGGACUAGUACCACCUCGGCGCGUUUACAUAAAUUUAGCAAUUUACGAGUUUAAUUAUUUCCUCAAUGCUCGGCUGCAAUUUCAAACGAGACAAUAUGCCAAUAAAAUAUUAAGCGCCGCCGUAGUGUAUCGUAAAAAAGAAUCUACGCCCGAUAACUCUGAUCCGGCAGAGCGGAUGUUCCAAGUGUCCGCGUGGAAUGUACCAACAAAAAGGAAAACUCUUACGGACGCUGGAAGUAAUAAAUAUCAACGUCGGUGUCACGCUUCGCGAUAACACCGAACUUCAGGAAAAGUCAAGCACCUCUCUUGCAAACACGAGUACAAGAAGCGUCAUCUUUCCUGGCGGUGGUGAUUUCAAUUCCAGGACCGACUACGUCACAGCGAUCGCGUCAACAUCGAGUGCAGCGAAAUGCGGCAGUAGCGCGGCAUCUCCCGCGAUAUUAUCCGGUGGAAUCAACAUGAGACGGCGCUGCGCCUUUCUCUCGACGCGUCGCGAGGCUACGAAGGUCACUCGACUCGCUCAAAUACGGAACUGUCGCGAGCGCAAUUUCGAGCUCCGCGUAUAUAGACGUUUCGCCGUCGCACUUCCUAUACGUCCUCCUUCUCUGUCUCCCGAAGAUCGAGUGUCCCUGAUGGAGGAUGAAAGGAGAAUUCGGUGCGAACUGUAUUUGCUGAGAAGUCGAGGUUUCGAUCUUCGUCUGAACUGAAAAUCGUGCGGAUAAAUUUAAUUGAUGAUAAAUUUCCAUAAUCGAAUGUCAGACUUGGUAUAAAAUAUUUAACGUUUUUAUCUUAUCGAUACAAUUUGUAUAAAAAUAACGGCACAUUCACCUGUCAUUUGUGAGCGACCUUCCUGUAUUGAUCUGGAGUAUUACAUUAUGUAGCUAAAUAUCACAAGAGUUGAACAAACCCAUCUUCGAAGUUAUUAUUUGACAAUGUUGAAUAAGUAAAUCAUGUUUCAGCGUUGAAGUUUAUUUUUAUUGGUGAUAAACGUUUAUAUAAGUUUUCGUAAACAGAUAUCAAAUCUAAAGCAACUGACUUUUUCCACAACAAAAUGCUCAAACCUGAGAUAAUGUUGCAGUUUAGUAAUUUAUUGUUGAAUUACUUUCUGUCUUUCAAUGAGAAAAAUUAUACAAAUUAUUUUACACAGUAAAACAAUAAAUAAAGACUUUGCGUAGUCCGGAAUAUUCAAUUCGAAUGAAUACUAACAUAUCUUUCAUAUCACAUUGUAUUGCCACAAUGACAAUAGUAUCAGCCUGGUAUAAGUCUAACAUGUAAAGAUGUUAAAUUAUGCACAUUAUGUGUAUGUUAUGCAGAGCAUGAAACACUUAUGUUCGAACAAUCUUAAUUUUUUGAAACUACAUUUAUCAAAGUUCUCUCACAGUAUGAUAAAACCAU